AUGGCCGGCGAAACCGGCCCGGUUAACCUGUCGAGGGCGAUGGCGAUGCUAAUCGCGGCCUUUCUCGCCGUCGCCUGCUAUAACGUUUUCGAGAUCACCGUCUCCAUCUUCUCCAUCUUCAAGCGUCGGCGGGGGCUUUACUUCUGGAGCAUGUUGGUCGCCACAUGGGGAAUUCUACUGCACGCCAUAGCAGUGUUCUUGCGCUUCUUCGCCCUCGCCCCCAACUUCCCCAUGUGUGUCUUGGUCGUCAUCGGGUGGGUUUCCAUGGUCACCGGACAGUCGGUGGUGUUGUAUUCGCGCCUUCAUCUUGUCACUGGCGACUGGGGACGUUGUCGCUGGGUGUUGUACAUGAUCAUCACGAAUGUUUGCAUUUUGCAUGUCCCAGUCACGAUUCUUUUCCUCGGAAGCAACGCAGGCGAUGAACGAUUCUUAAAACCAUUCAACGUCUACGAGAAAAUCCAGCUGGCUGGGUUCUGCGCUCAAGAGAUUGUCAUUAGCGGGCUGUAUAUUUAUGAGGCAGCAACAUCCCUCAAACCUGUCUUCCAAGUCAAGGGCAUCGCCGGAAAGAAAGUCCUCAUCCACCUAGUAAUUGUUAAUAUCUUCGUCAUCCUCCUCGACGCCUCUCUCCUCGCUACCGAAUAUAGCAACAACUUCGCCAUCCAAACCACCUACAAACCAAUCGUGUACAGCAUCAAGUUGAAAAUGGAAUUCACCGUCCUCAACCGCCUCAUCGCCAUCGUCCGC